CUGCCCCUCCCCCUGGCCGGGCUGGUCACAUGAGCGGUGCCGGGUCACAUGAGGCGCCCGGGGGCGGCGGCGGGAGCGCGCGGACACGAUGAAGUGCGUGCUGGUCGCCAGCCCGGGGGCUGAGGUGCUGUUCUACUGGGCCGACGAGGCGUUCACAGAGAGCCUGGGCCGGCGCUUCAGCCCGGCGGGGCAAGGGGGGCACCCGCCGCCUGCCUUUGAGGACAGCAUCAACACACUCUUCGCCCCCCUGAUCAUCUCCUGCGUGACGCUCCUGGAGCGGCUCUCGGACACCUACACCUGCUUCUCGGCUGAGGAUGGAGGCCAACUCUACGUGCUGCACAUGUUCGGGGAGUGUCUGUACAUUGCGGUGAACGGUGACGGCUCGGAGAGCGAGGACGACCUGCGCCGGAAGCUCUACGUGCUGAGGAGACUGGUCGAGGUCCACUUCGGCCUGGUGACCCUGGACUCGCACCUUAUCUGCAAGGAGUUGCGGCCGGCGGUCUUGGAGCAGCGCAGCCGCGUGUGGGCCCUGUUCCAGGGCCUUCUCCAGACCUACAGCAGCCUGCGGGAGGCCGAGCAGAGCUUUGCCGUGGAGGCCGUGGAACGGCUGAUCCACCCCCAGCUGUGUGAGCAGUGCAUCGAGUUCCUGGAGCGCCAGGUGGUGCAGCACAUCAACGCCAGCGGGCAGCGCGGGGGCGAGGAGGUGAUGCACGCCUUCCUGCUGGUGCACACCAGGCUGCUGGCCUUCUACUCCAGCCGGAGCGCCAGCACCAUCCGCCCAGCCGACCUGCUCACCCUCAUCCUCCUGGUGCAGGACCUGUGUCGCAGCCCCAGCGCAGACAAGGACCAGAGCCCACAGCUGGCAGAGGGGGGGCCGACUCUCCAGAGGCCGAAGAGCAGCGAGAGCAUCCCAGUGAGGAGCCCAGGUCCACACGGCACCCCCAGGAGCGAGGCAGAGGAGCAGGAUGCGGACGAGCUCUCCAUGCCCGAGGAGUAUUACACCCCCCAGCCCUCGCCUAGCAGGCAGAGCACAGGAGGCGCCAGCUGGUCGGAGGGCUCAGAGCUAGCGGGUUCCGGGGAGGCAGAUGCUGCUGAUGUCCAGGUGGCAGAAGACUCACUCCGGGCCCUGGUGCCCCCAGCGCCCGAUGCCUCCAACCCCAGAAGGAUCUUCCUGGAUGCGAACCUGCGGGAGGGCUACUGCCCCAUGGUGCCCCACACCAUGUACUGCCUGCCGCUCUGGCCUGGCAUCUCGCUGGUGCUCCUGACCAAGAGCCCCAGCACCCACGUCGUCUGCUCCCUGUACCAGCUGCUGGACGGGUUCCUGGUGCUGGAGAAGAAGCUGAGGGAGGGGCAGGAGGUGGGGCCACCCACCCGCUCCCACCCACUCCUGGCUGAGCUGCGCCAGAGGAUGGACAAGUUCAUGAAGAAGCUGGGCAGGCAGGACAUGCAGUUACACAAUGCCUGGCUGGAGUUCAAGAGCAAAGCAUUCUCCAGACAUGAGUCCGGGAGCUCCAGGGAGCUCCUGCAGGCACUCGGCAGCGUGAGGCAGCAGCUCUGCUCCGUCUAUCGCCAGCUCUUCCUGACCUCGCCGUCCACCCAGGGCCUGGCCCAGGGCCUGCGGGACUGGGCCCAGAAGCUGGUGCGGGAGAAGCUGCUGGACUGGAGGGACUUCCUGCUGGUGAAGAGCAAGCGGAACAUUACCAUGGUGUCAUACCUGGAGGACUUCCCAGGCCUGGUACACUUCAUCUAUGUGGACCGCACCGCUGGGCAGAUGGUGGCACCUUCUCUCAACGUGGCCGAGGACUCCACCUCAGAGCUGGGCAAGGGUGCCCUGGCUGCCUUCAUCAAGAAGAAGGUCUGGUCUCUGAUUUGGCUGGCACGGCGCUACCUGCAGAAGGGCUACACGACACUCACGCUGCGUGACGGCGACUAUUACUGCUCCUACUUCCUCUGGUUCGAGAACGAGCUGGGUUACAAACUGGAGGUGAUUGAGGUUCCUGUUCUCUCCGACGACUCUGCUCCCAUCGGGUUGCUGGCAGGGGAUUACUACAGGAAGCUUCUGCGCUAUUACAGCAAGAACCACCCGGCCGAGGGGGUGAAGUGUUACGAGCUGCUGACGCUGCAUCUGGGUGUGAUCCCCACCGAGCAUGUGAUCCAGCAGGCCUGCGACCUGGCCCGGCGGCUCUGGGAGCCAUCCCGCAUCCCCCUGCUCUGAGCCAUGCGGGAUGGCAGCGAGCGUCCCCACGGGGGCCUCGUUCCCACCCUCAGAGUCAGACUCAACGGGCCCCUUGCAGCUACCCACCUCGCUGGGCCCUGCAACCCCCAGGCCCGGCUGAGAGACCAGCACCCGCCAGCAGCCAGCCGUCAGCUCCCCACCUGCUGAAACUUGGCCAGGGGGCUCCCCUGACUUGCCCCCGGAGCGGCCCGGGAGCAGGGGCCAUUGGAAGUGCAUGGCCAUGGUAGCGUGUCUCUGUCUGUACGUGCCACACUCCAGGCUGGCAUUAAAGCUGGUGCACUUGGUCA